CAAGACUCUGAAACCGGAAGAGGAAAUCACACCGUUAUCUGUGGAUGUUUAUUACAAAUUGAAAGCAACAAAAAAUAUAUAUUUUAAAAAAAAUGAAUCCUCCAAUUAUCAACUCUACUAAUUCGGUGACAACUUCUACUAAAAGUAAGUUUCUGAAAAAAGGAAAGCGAGAGGCCGAGCGCUCUGUCAACUGGACAGUGGAAGAGACCCAGGUGUUGCUGUGUGCCUGGAGUGACGAGCGAGUGCAGAAGAGCCUGGCGGAGAAUGUCCGUAACCGCCAUGUUUUCAAACACCUCUCAGCCCGCAUGUGUGACCUGGGCUUCUCCCGCAGCCCUCACCAGUGCCGGCUCCGCGUCAAGACCCUCAAGGCCAACUAUGUCAGAGCCAAGCUGCUGAUGAGCGUGGAUGACUCCCAACCCUGCAGUUUCAGGUACUACUCUGAGAUGGAUGCUGUGCUGGGUAGAAAUCGCGCUAUGGAAGGGACUGGAGGAGGGCGCCGUUUUGGAUCUCCCGAAGGCAUAGGAGGAUUAUUAGGAGGGUGCCAUUUUGGGUCUGAAUUGAUCGCAGAAACAGGGCGCUAUUUGGGAUCUGAAGGCAUUGGAGGACUAGGAGGAGGAUGCAAUUUUGUAUCUUCGGAGGGGCCGGCAGGACGGAAGGCACGGUAUAUGGUAUCUGAGAUGAAGGUGGAGGAGGACAGGGAGGCAGACGAUACAGACGACUACGAGUUCAACGAUGUCAUCACUCGGCCACCGGUUGGCCCGGGUGGAAGACGCCAUGAUGCUUUUCUAGAGCACAGCAACGACUAUCAUGAACCUGCUGUUCAUCCAUUGGAGGAUGACCGCAGCCCCAGGUCAACACCGCCACCAACCCAGCCUGCUUGCCAUUUUUCUCCACCCCCAGACCAUAGCCCCAACUUGGGCAGUGGUAUCAACAUUCCCUCCGCCCAGCCCCUAGAGCCUGUUUUGAAGCACUUGGCAGACUGCUUCCAGAGGCUGGUCUCAGAGUCCCGGGGUCUGAUGGUGCAGCUGGAGGGCCAGAGGCAGGAGCAGGCUCGCUGGCAGCAGGACUUGCUCUCUCAGUGGCUGGAGAGAGAGGAGAUGAGGCAGAGAGAGGCGGCGGACAGGGAGGACCGGAGGGAGAAGGCCCGUAUGGCGCAUGAGAUCAGGGUACUGACUCUCCUCAGUGGCCUGGCCCAGAACCAGCAGAGACAGAAGCAGACACCACAUCACAGCUGCAGCUGUUGCCACCAGUGUAGCAGGGUGGAGGCGGUAGGUGGGGCUGUUGCCGGGGCCUCAGCCAUCACCAGACAUGAUGAUGGAACUGAGGACAGAGACCAGAUGGAGUCAGCGGCCUUAUAGAAGAAAGGGUUGGAUACAGACCUGGGGUGGUGUGUGUGUGUGUGUGUGUGUGAGAGAACUCCAUGCCUUUCAGAAUGUAUGUAUAACUUCUUGCUGGAGUGUUUGGCCUACAUUAAAUAAAUGUUUUUUGUUGUUGUUAAUUUGUUAAUAGUUUUUUGUUUGUUAAUUGUUUAAUUAACUCUGACAUUAAGGGUUCAGUGGUCUGAGUGAAACAACUGAAAUGCAGUAUUAUUCUCUCAAACUUUUUUUUUUUUUUUUUUUACAAUACAUUUUUAUCGGUGAAGGUGUUCGAUUUGGUUCUCUUGAUCUGGUGUACGGAAACUCAUCUGUUCUGUUUACGUUGCUGACAGUUUUGGUUUCGUUUGAUGCCUAAUGAACACACCCCAAGUAUGUAUGGGUGUUCCUGUUGAGAAGGUCUGUCGGUCUUCUCAGACACCCUGAUUUAGGAAGUCACCGUCAUCACCAUCAGGGCUACUGCCGCAUUUCUCAUGGUAAAUAGACAUGUUGAUGGCUAGUUGAAUAGGCAGGUGGGUGUGAGGGGAGGCUAGCUGUUUACUACAGCGCUGCCAAGAAUGAAACUUUGGGGUCAAUUCAGUAUUGAAAUGUAUUUAUUUAAAUAGGAAGUUAAGAACAAAUUCUUAUUUUCAAUGACGGCCUAGAAACAGUGGGUUAACUGCCUGUUCAGGGGCAGAAUGACAGAUUGUUACCUUGUCUGGUCGGGGAUUCGAACUUGCAACCUUUCGGUUACUGGUCCAACGCUCUUACCUCACGGCUACCCUGCCACGAAAUCACAAGAGAUUUGACUGAUCUUAUAUUUUUUUUUAACUGAGUGUUUUCCUAUUUGUCCUGAAUUAUUCAUAUUAAAAAGUGACAGUCUC